UGUUUGAUGUCUAUAAAACGACGGGUCGCGUCCUUCUUCCCUUCCCCUCCUCGUCUUGGGAUCUCCGCUUCCGCUCGGUAGAGAGAAGGAGAUGGCGGUGGCGGAGGUAUGGGAGGUGUCGAAGAGGGCGAUCGAGGCUUACACGGGGUUGUCGCCGGCGACGUUCUUCACGGUGCUGGCAGUAGCGGUGGCGCUCUACUACACGGUCGCGGGGUUCCUGGCACCACCGCCGCCCCCGCCGCCGAGGCAGGUGGAGGUCGACCCGCUCCCUCCGCCCGUCCAGCUCGGGGAGGUCACCGAGGAGGAGCUCCGUGCCUACGACGGGUCCGAUCCUAAGAAGCCGCUCCUCAUGGCUAUCAAGGGCCAGAUCUAUGACGUCACCCAGAGCAGGAUGUUCUAUGGACCUGGUGGUCCAUAUGCAUUAUUUGCUGGUAAAGAUGCAAGUAGAGCGUUGGCAAAGAUGUCAUUUGAACAAAACGAUUUGACUGGUGAUAUCUCUGGUCUUGGCCCCUUUGAGCUUGAGGCCUUACAGGAUUGGGAAUACAAGUUCAUGGGCAAAUAUGCCAAAGUUGGAACAAUCAAGAAGACAGUGCCAGAGACCGAGGGGUCUAAUGACGGCACCUCUGAAAUAACAGAAAAAACCUUAGAGGCUACAGAUGAUUCAGAUAAACGAGAUAGACAUAGUGCAGAAACAAAGAAGGAUGGUCAAGCAGAAAGUAGCACAAACGUGGAACAUAGUGAAGAGCCAAAGGAGGAUGGUGCGUCAGGUCAUGGUGAUGAAUCAGAACAACAUGCAGAACUAAAGGGACAUGGUUCAUCGGAUCAUGGUGAGGAAGUAGGUUGUGGUGCAGAGUUUAAGGAAGUUGGCACUGGUGAAGGUACCAAAGAGUAAGUCACUGCAACUUUGGUAUCUGCGUAGACCUAAUAUCAUAUUACCUCAUCAAAUCAAAGUUCAUAUGUUCAUUUCUUAUCCGAUGACCUGCAUGAUAUGAGAGCUCUUAGAUUGAGAGGUGGAUUUGUUCGCCUGUCAAUGCAGUAUGCAUUGCAUGUGUAGAAAGUGUUGUCUAGUUAAACGUCUUUAAUGUUUCGUUCAAUAAUGGCCUUCUGUUAUGGCACUCCAGGUAUAUUUGUAUGAUGUUCAUUUUGUUUUUAUCAACUUUACGUACCGUUGGCUAUAUGAUAUAAGAUGAAUCGAUAAAUACGACUUUACUAGA